AUGCAAGCACUCGUAUCAAAUAGCGACAGCCACUUAGAUGAUUGUUUAUCUUUCGUAAACCAUCGGCUUGUCAACUUAGAAGCUCGGCUCACAGGCCCGCUUUCUCCUUUGAAACCUGGGAGUCCUCAGUCUGAAAAAUCUCAGACUUCUGAUCAGUCAUCGAUGACAAACUUUUUGGACUCUUCAUCUCAAAAAAAUGUAAGGAAAAAAUAUCCCAUUUAUAGAAAAAAAUCUCAUGAAAAUAAUCUGUAGGUAUUUAAAUUCCUGCAAGGAGUAGUCCAGUAAUAGAAAUAGAAAGAUGUUUGAUCUUGAUAAAUUGGAAUAUCAAUUGUUACUUACUAUUUAGGCAUCGAGAGGUUACACGAGCUCUGAAGCCCCUCUAACAGAAUCUGCAAAGCGUUCAAGAUCUAACGACUUCUCUGAUUAUUCGUUCGGAAAUCUAAAGAAAAAAGGGAGCUUCAGCGGAUCAAAAAGGCGCCAAAGUGAUGAAUUGUCAGUUGACCAAGAAAACUCAAGGUCAUUAGGCAUGGACAUUGUCUCGAAUCCAAAUGAAGUCUCCGAUUUCUUUAAAAACGACAGCUGCUCUGAAUUUAUUGUUCCCACAUUGGUCAAUUCAUUAAGCCAAAAAAUUGCGAAAAUGCAGCAAGACAUGAAGCAGCUUGAAGGGAACAUCCAAGAAUUAAACAAGACAAUCCAAUGUAAAGAUGCCUUAAUCUCUAAUUAUAAGCAUCAACUAGAGCUGAAAGACCAAGAAUACAAGACACUUACUCUCCCUCCCCCUUUUAAUUGGAAACCAAAUAUAGGUAAAAUUUCCAUUUUUUGGGUAAUUUAAUCCCCUUUAAAUUGUGUUACAAUUUUUUCCAAUAAGAAAUUUUAUGGCUUAAAAUACUAAUUUUUAUAAAAUUAGUUAAAGUAUUAUUAAACAGAUUCACACUAAAUUCUUAAUUAAUUUUUCAUAAAAUAAGUUAAAAUUAAGCUCAAUUUAUAUUUUUCUAUUUUUUAAAAUAAUUUCUUUACUCCCCCCCCCUCCGUGAGUGAACAAAAAAUUUUUUGUUCACUCACGGAGGGGGGGUAAUUUUUUUUUUUUAAAAAAAUUUAUAUAUAAAUUUUAUAUAAAAAAUAUUUUUUUUCGAAAUUUAAAAAAAUCCUAAUUCGUAAAAAUUGGAAAGCAAAUAUUAAUUUAUUUAUAAAAUUUAUGUUUUUAAAAAGCAAUUCGUUUAAAAUUAAAUAGAAUUAGCUCUAGAUUUCAUUAUACUAAUUACCAUUUAUAUAUCUAAAUUUUUUUCAAUAAAAAUUUUUUCUAUUAAAAAAAUUUUUGUUCACUCACGGAGGUAGGGUUUUUGGGCAAAAAAUAGCGAUUUUUCUAAUGGUUUUGUUCACUCACGGAGGGGGGGGGAGUUAGUUAAAAAUUUAAUAUAAAUAUUAAUUAAUCCCAAUUAAAUGGGAACAGAAUUUUUUUGGUUCCAAUUUAAAGGGGAGGGAAAUUUAGUGAAGAAACUAAAAAAAUUGUGCAAUCAGCAGAAAAAGGGAAAACAGCUUUAAUAAAAACGAUGAAGCAGCUAGAAGAAAAAAAGAGAAAAGAACUAAAAGAAAAGCUCUUCACUGACUCUUUUAGGCUUGGAAAAGUCACUAUGGCAAGAAUAGGAGCUAAAUUCAUUGAGACUUGGGAAGAUGGCAAAGAAAUUUUAGAGACUAAAGAAAGGCUGAUUUCAGUCAGCAGCCAAAAGGAAAUGCUAGAAAAGCAAAAAAAGCAAGCAAAAAAGCUUGAUGAAGACUUACUUGCAACUUUGCCACUAAAACUAGCUUUAUUAACAAGAGAAGAAAGCGAACUAAAAGACAGGCUUGAAAGGCUGGAAGUUGAGAAAUGCAUAUACGUUCAAGAAUGCAAAAGAGUCACUGAAGAAGAAAACGCGAAAUAUUCAAAAACAACAAGCGACUAUGAAGCAUGGCCUGUGCUUCAUAAACGAUAUUUAUUACUUUCAUUACUAGGCAAAGGAGGAUAUUCUGAGGUGUAUAAAGCUUAUGACCUAUUUGAGCACAACUAUAUAGCAAUUAAGUUCCAUCAACUUAAUCCAGUAUGGAGCGAAGCUAUAAAAGCUAACUAUAUAAAACACGCUCUAAGAGAAAACCAAAUACACCGCGAGCUUAACCACACUCGCAUUGUAAAACAUUUCGACACGCUAGAAAUUGAUAACAACUGCUUUUGCACAAUUCUCGAGUAUUGUCCAGGAGAAGACUUGUCAAUGUACCUGAAAAAGCAUAACAACUUAACAGAAAAAGAAGCGAAAAUUAUAAUGCAGCAGCUUUUUACAGGCCUGAAAUACCUGAAUGACCAGCCAGAAAAGAUUAUCCAUUAUGAUCUCAAGCCUUCCAAUAUUUUAUUAAACAAUGGAGAAGUAAAAAUAACUGAUUUUGGCCUUUCUAAGGUAAUGGAUCCCAAUAAGACGAACACUGAGCUAACAAGCCAAGGAGCAGGAACCAUAUGGUACCAAGCCCCAGAGUGUCAUCAGCGAGGCCAGCUUCCACCUCUUAUUUCUUCAAAGGUGGACGUCUGGAGCGCUGGAGUUAUUUUUUACGAACUUUUAUAUGGAGUAAAACCUUUUGGCCAAGGCAUGAGUCAAGAAUCAGUAUUUAAAGACCAAGUCAUAGUAAACUCGUCUGGGGUGGCGUUUCCAAACAAACCAGUUGUUUCAAAUGAAUGUAAAGAAUUUAUAAGAAAAUGUCUUGAAUAUAACCAAGAUGAACGUUUUGAUGUACUUGAAGCUUGCAGUUCUCCUUAUCUUAGUGGCAAAAAAUAA